AUGGUCGGAAAGAUCGGUAAUGACGAUUUCGGAACUCUGCUUAGACAAUACUUGAUUGAGUCUGAGGUGGAUGUGAGAUGGGUUGAGGUGGUGGAAGAGGAGGGGGUUGGGUCGGGGGUGGCUACGAUAUUGGUGGAGGAAGAGACGGGGGAGAAUAGGAUUUUGAUUACACUGGGGGCGAAUGGAUAUUUGAAGCCUAGUGAGGAGGAAUAUCGAGAGUAUUUUGGGAAGAGGGAGGAUGGGGAAAGGGAGUUUGUGAUUCUUCAGAAUGAAUAUCCCGAUACGAUCUCUUCGAUUGACUGGAUAAAAGGAAACCGCCCCCAUGUUAGGAUUUGCUAUAAUCCAUCACCAUUCGAUCCUGAGUUGAUUGAUUUGGAAAUGUUGGGGAAGUUGGAUAUGUUGAUUGUUAAUGAAGGUGAAGCUAUGGAUGUUGCGAAAUGUGUCUUGGGUUCUUCAGAAUUGAAGAAAUUUGAGACUGAGAUUGAAAAUGAUGAAGUGAAGGGGUUUAAAGAAUUAGCUGAGAAAUUGCAAUCAUUGAUUAAUGACAAGAAUGAGGGAUAUGUGAUUAUAACUCUUGGGAGUAAAGGAGUUGUAUAUGUUUCUCAAGAAUUGGAAAGUCCUAAAUUUGAACCAGCAAGAAAAGUGAAAAAUGUGGUUGAUACAACUGGGGCUGGGGAUACAUUUUUCGGAGGGGUUGUUCUGCUGUUAGCCAGAGGAAUAAGUAUUGAACAUGCAGUAAGGUUUGCUACUGCUGCAAGUUCUUUGGCUGUACAAAAGCGUGGAGCAGCUGAAGGUAUUCCCAUGUUUGAAGAUGUUUUCAAUAUUAUAGAUGAUAAUGAUAAAAGUUUAUUAAAAUAA